AAAUGAUUACUUGCAUAUUUUCACGCCCUUUCUGUUUUAGAUGUUGAACGAAUUACCUGUUGGCAUGGACAAGCAUGUCUGUACAUGCAUUUGCGUAAGGUUUUGAGUUAAAUUAACAUAUAUAUUUAUCAUCGCAAUGACCAGUUUAAUUAUUGCGUCUUAUUUUCUCCAAGACUGCUAGCUAGCGAGGAUGGCUAUCCAUGUAGCGUUAGCACAGCUAACUGGACUCUCUGCAAGUAAAGUGGUGGGCUGGGCGGUGGUUGUGGUAAAUUGGCCGGGUGGUUGUAGAAACCAGAAUAAAAUGCAGAAUAAAAAACCGGGAUUUUUCGAGAAAUUUGUCGUAAUUGACUGGUUUGUUCAGACUCUAAAAAGCAGUAUGAGUUCACGUUAAAUUGGGCUAGAAUCAACAAUUGUUUUCAGAGAACAUAACGGUACUCAGUCUCCAUGUUUAUUCGCCAUUUAUUCGGUGUGGGAUAAGACCUUAAUUUCUGGCCACCGUGAUACCACGGAUUACCUUGCGCUGUAUUACAUUUCAGGCACAUUAGAAAUGCGCUGAAGCUCGAAGAGCACGUUUAAAACGCCGGAAUGGUGUCUGGAUUACCGUACGUGAUCCGAUCAUGCGAGGAGUGCGUGGGCGCAGUUCUUUAAUGCAUUUAGACUUGUUAUUAAUGUAAAUGUUAUAUAAAAAGACGUGGUGCAGCUAACGGCUACUUUUGAUUAGCCUCCAAUAAAAUGUGCGUUGUAUUGUAUCUGUGUGGCCCAGAUAUUGCGGUUUCUUUUAUCUGAACCUACGUGUCCAGCCAGAUCUGUUGACAAUCACGCAAAGCCUCUUUAAUGGUUCAAUUUUAUUCAAUAUAACCGCUUUAUGGUCUUGGAGAAUACUUGAAAUGACGUUUCAUACGCAUAGGGAAAAUUAACCAACACAUUCAACCGUAACUAAGUAAACUGGCAUACUUAAAAGUGAACGUUUGAAUAUUUAUGACUUCUAAAUUAUAGUUUGUUUUUUUCAUUAUACGUUGCUCAGGAUGUGUUGAUUGCAUAAUCAGGUCAUUGUGCACUGCAGGCUGCCAUGCCUUUAAAAUGCUUUAUAGUGCCUAAUGAUCUCCCAAGGAACAAGUCUGUUAACUGCAUUUCUUACAGGGCAAAACUAAAACAAAAUAUAAAAAACCAAUCUGUUGUUUUGACAGUCUUAAUGGAUUGUUGAUACUAGUGGUUAGAGCCUAUUACACUGUAAUUAUAAUGGAUAUAAUGGUGUGUUAUGUUCCCCCUUUCCCUAAUGCUAAGUUUCUUGUUUUUUGUUUCAUACCAUUUGUCAUUGUGUUUGUAGACCAAGUCAGGUGGUUAGGGCCAGGGCAGGGCAAAGGUGAAGUGUCUCCUCAGCAUUCUGCGGAAUAACUAACGCACACAGACACACUGGCACAAAUGAGGAAGGAAGCGGCGGGAGGUGCAGAGUUUGCACUAAGCAGUGAAAUCCCAAGUCUUCUCGCGUAUGGGAAGCAGUCACAUACAGGAUGCUGCCGUCGUGCCAUGUUAUUUUUUCCUUUCUUUUUUUGAAUGUGCCACCAAAGGCAUGUACAUGUAUGUAUGUAUGUAUGUAGGCAAGAUCGACACAGACUGAAAUGUUGUUUCAGCGUUCACAGACUUUACAGACUGAAAGGGGAAAGCUGUUAAGACUUACCCAUGAAUCCUGGGACGUAAGAGGAGGUGCAGAAGCUGCAGAAGCACCUGUCCCUGCUCCGGCAGGAGUACGUCAAGAUGCAGCACAAGCUGGUGGAGACGGAGAGGAGGUGCUCGGUGCUGGCCGCCCAGGCCUCCGGUCGAGGCUCACCCUCCCAGUCCGGCGACUCCUUCAUCAGCCGCUUGCUGACCAUCGUGGCCGACCUCUACCGGCAAGAACAGUACAGCGACCUAAAGGUGAAGAUCGGGCAGGAGUGGCUCAGUGCGCACAAGUUUGUGCUGGCAGCCCGCAGUGACAUCUGGAGCCUGGCCAACCUAGCCUCCAUCUCCGAGCUGGACCUAUCAGAGGCCAAGCCAGAGGUCGCCAUGGCGAUGCUGCGCUGGGCCUACACAGACGAGCUGGAGCUGUGCGAAGAUGAUGCCUUUCUCAUUGACCUUAUGAAGUUGGCAAACCGAUUCCAGCUCCACCUCCUGCGAGAGAGAUGUGAGAAGGGAGUGAUGUCCUCGGUGAACGUGAGGAACUGCAUCAGGUUCUACCAGACGGCCGAAGAGCUGGACGCCACCACGCUGAUGAAUUACUGUGGAGAAAUCAUCGCCAGCCAUUGGGACGACCUGAGGAAGGAGGACUUCAGCACCAUGAGCGCCCAGCUGUUGUACAAGAUGAUCAAAUCAAAGACGGAGUUCCCCCUCCACAAAGCCAUCAAGGUGGAGCGGGAGGAUGUGGUCUUCCUCUACCUUAUAGAGAUGGAUGCUCAGUUACCAGGGAAGCUGAACGAGUUGGACAAUAACGGGGACCUGGCCCUGGACCUGGCCCUGUCGAGGAAGCUGGAAAGUAUCGCCACCACGCUGGUAAACAACAAAGCAGAUGUAGACAUGGUGGACCAGAGUGGCUGGAGCCUCCUGCACAAGGCCAUCCAGAGAGGAGACGAGUUCGCCUCCACCUUCCUGAUCCGACACUCGGCCCAGGUCAACGCGGCCACCGUGGGUGCCGUGGAGACGCCCCUGCACCUCGUCUGCUCCUUCAGCCCCAAGAAACACAGCGGCACCGUGAUGAGUGGCAUGGCCCGCAUUGCCGAGGCCCUGCUUCACACCGGCGCCAACCCUAACAUGCAGAACAGCAGGGGACGGACGCCGUUGCAUGAAGCGGUGGUGUCAGGAAAUGAUCCGGUCUUCAACCAGCUCCUGCAGUGCAAACAGCUGGACCUGGAGCUCAAGGACCAUGAGGGGAGCACAGCCCUGUGGCUGGCCCUUCAGUAUAUCACAGUGGCUUCCAAAACGUCCGUAAACCCCUUCGAGGACGAUGUGCCCGUGGUCAACGGCACCUCAUUUGACGAGAAUAGCUUUGCGUCGCGGCUCAUUCAGAGGGGGAGUGACCCGGACAGUCCAGAUGUCUCAGGAAACUGCCUCAUGCAGAGGGCAGCCCUCGCGGGCAGCGAAGCAGCCGCCAUCUUCCUGGCCACCCACGGGGCGAAGGUCAAUCACGCCAACAAAUGGGGCGAGACUCCACUCCACACGGCCUGCCGCUGCGGCCUGGCCACUCUGACAGCAGAGCUCCUGCAGCAGGGCGCCAACCCCAACCUGCAGACCCAGAGCGCCCCGCCCGACAGCGGGGAGUGCGGCCCAGGCGUGUCCUCGCAGAGCCCCCUGCACAUGGCCAUCGCCCACAACCACCCCGACGUGGUGUCUGUCAUACUGGAGCAGAAGGCCAAUGCCCUCCAUGCCACCAACAACCUGCAGAUCAUCCCAGACUUCAGCCUCAAAGACUCCAUGGACCAGACUGUGCUCGGCCUUGCGCUCUGGACAGGAAUGCACAUCAUCGCCGCCCAGCUCCUGGGGUCCGGCGCGGCCAUUAACGACACCAUGUCGGACGGCCAGACUCUCCUGCACAUGGCCAUCAAGAGGCAGGACAGCAAGAGCGCCCUCUUCCUGCUGGAGCACCAGGCGGACAUCAACGUCAGGACACAGGAAGGCCAGACUGCCCUGCAGCUGGCCAUCAGCAACCAGCUCCCCCUGGUGGUGGAUGCUAUCUGCACACGCGGAGCAGACAUGUCAGUGGUGGACGAGAAGGGAGACCCUCCCCUGUGGCUCGCCCUGGAGAACGGCCUGGAGGACAUCGCCUCCACGCUGGUCCGGCACGGAUGCGACGCGACGUGCUGGAGCACGGGCCCCGGGGGCUGCCAGCAGACGCUGCUGCACAGAGCCAUCGACGAGAACAACGAGGUCUCCUCCUGCUUCCUCAUCCGCAGUGGCUGCGAUGUGAACAGCCCACGGAGGCCAGGGCCCAAUGGGGAGGGUGACGAGGAGGCGCGGGAUGGCCAGAGCCCCCUGCACCUGGCCUCCUGCUGGGGCCUGGAGGAUACGGUGCAGUGCCUCUUGGAGUUUGGCGCCAACGUCAAUGCGCAGGACUCGGAGGGGCGUGCCCCCAUCCACGUGGCCAUCAGCAACCAGCACGGCAUCAUCAUCCAGCUGCUGAUCUCCCACCCAGACAUCCGGCUGAGCCUGCGAGAUCGGCAGGGCUCCACGCCAUUCGCCUGCGCCAUGACCCACAAGAACAACAAAGCAGCUGAGGCCAUCCUGAAGAGGGAGCCUGGCGCUGCCGAGCAGGUGGACAACAAGGGGAGGAACUUCCUCCACGUGGCCGUACAGAGCUCAGACAUCGAGAGCGUGCUCUUCCUCAUCAGCGUGCAGGCCAACGUCAACUCACGGGUGCAGGACGCAGCCAAGCUCACCCCAUUGCACCUUGCCGUGCAGGCCGGCUCCGAGAUUAUCGUCCGCAACCUGCUUUUGGCGGGCGCCAAAGUGAACGAGCUAACCAAACAUCGUCAGACGGCGCUCCACCUGGCAGCACAGCAGGACCUGGCCACCAUUUGCUCCGUGCUGCUGGAGAACGGCGUCGAUUUCACCGCCGUCGACGAGAACGGCAACAACGCCCUCCACCUGGCUGUGAUGCAUGGGCGUCUCAAUAACGUGCGCACCCUCCUCACGGAGUCCAACAUCGACGCGGAGGCCUACAAUCUCAGGGGCCAGUCUCCGAUGCAUGUGCUGGGGCAGUAUGGGAAGGAGAAUGCAGCAGCCAUCUUUGAGCUCUUUUUGGAGUGCAUGCCAGAGUAUCCUCUGGACAAGCCAGACAACGACGGAAACACAGUCCUCCUGCUGGCAUAUAUGAAGGGGAACGCUAACCUGUGUCGAGCCAUCGUGAGGGCAGGCGCUCGCUUGGGUAUCAACAACAACCAGGGCGUCAACAUCUUCAACUACCAAGUGGCCACCAAACAGCUCCUCUUCCGGCUCCUCGAUAUGCUGUCCAAAGAGCCCCCGUGGUGCGACGGCUCCAACUGCUACGAGUGCACCGCCAAGUUUGGGGUGACCACGAGGAAGCACCACUGCCGCCACUGUGGCCGCCUGCUCUGCCAUAAGUGCUCCAUCAAAGAGAUCCCCAUCAUCAAGUUCGACCUCAACAAGCCGGUCCGCGUGUGCGACAUCUGCUUCGACGUGCUGACACUAGGCGGGGUGUCCUAACAGGCCAGCAGGGGGCGCCAUGGGAGAGACAGGCGCCAGCCACGCCGGACAAGUUUGAGCGAGAGGGAGAGAGAGAGUGGGGCGAGAACAACGGAAAGAGGCUGGAGGUGAGAGCCCUCGGACUAACUGUACGGAGCGCAGCCAUUACUACUGUCGCAGUCUUUUCUGGAAAUAAAACAAAAACAUCCAUAAAAAACGCGUGUGUUCUAGUAACGUUACCAACGUCUAACCAAGGAUCAAAGUCAGAGUAGUAAAAUGCCAUUGAAGUGGAAUUUGUAGACUUCGCAGGUUUUUUGUACCCGUUUGACGGAAAAAGAGACGGUGGGUUUGGGGGCGGCGGGCAUGCUCCGAGGAAUUGGCCAACCGUAAACAUGAUCCGACAACGCCGAUGAAUCGUCGCUCACCAUUUUCCCAUAAAUCGAUCUGAGAUUUAAACACAGAUCGCUCGGUUGGGGAAAUUCACUGCUGGGUGUAAAGAGAUGUAAAUGAGGAGGUGGAGUGUCCCUCUGCUGAGAUGGUCUGAAGCCUUAAUCAUGCGGGCCUGGGUUUAGCGCUGUCUUAGUCAAGAACAAUGCAUUUAUAUACAUUUACUGUUUUCUAAGACGUCUCGAGGUCUGAGGAAAGGCCAAGUGUCCUGCAGGACUCGGGUAAGACUGAGCACCUAGUUAACUCCGCGUCACCCGCAUUUCAGAUGGGAACCGGAACGUGUUACUUGUUCUGCCGCCCCGUGUGAUUUAAUCUCAGCUGUGUCAAUGGAUUGUGCCACAGAAAGAUCUGCAUAUUAAACACUUUAUUUUUAUUAUUCCAUUAGCAUUUUUAUAUUCAUGAAACACUCGUGGCUGGCUAAGCCAAGUCUCAUUUUCUAACCCAAUCAAAACUAAAUUUAAAAACUCUUUCCUAUGAAGUCUUAGAAACAGAGGUUGUUUGAAGUAUGGAAAUUAACUACAAUGCCCAUGCACAUGUAAUUUUAUCAGGUCCAUGAUUCAAUUACUGAUCACCAAAAAAAUACAUUCCAUUUAAUCUUCUUUGGCCUUUUAAUGUCUUUGCGAGAUGUCACCUUAAGUUGCUCUAUAAUUAAAAAAAAAAAAUUCAGUUGCAACACUAAAUUGUUGCACCAUCAGUUUUUUUUUAUAUAUACAUAUUUUGAAAAGAAAAGGUGACAAGGAUUAGAAGGGGGUCAGUCUACAAUGUGUUCUAGGUAAUGUUAAAUUGUACAGUUAAUUGUAUAAUAUUUUUGAUCACUACAACUGUUUUGUACUUAGAUGCAGAUUGUGCUUUUUCUGUUUUUGUCAACGUGACAAACCUAAAAUCUCACCUCUGUUCAAUCCUUUAUGCACACUGUAUCGUAUCUGUAUGCUCAGAUAUCUAGCCUGUCGCUUCCUCUAGUAUCCUUUUCAAGAAAGGGAGGACAACUUUACAUUAAGGCCAUCAGACAAUUAAAAAAAUCAUUUAAACUC